UUUGUCAAAUCGUUAGAUUUCCUAUUAUAUAUGUAUGAUCAAGUCAGUAUUGAUUUUGAUUAAUACAGAUCAUUUAAAGUUUUUAUUUAUUAUAUUGAAUCUAUAUGGUCGUAUUCAGUCUAAUCCGUCAAAUCUGUUCUUAUAACUGAUUGUCACGUGGAACAUUUACCACUUCGGUGAAUAUAUGUUUUGCGCGUUUGCGCCCAUAAGGGACUAUAUAAAAGUGAAAGACAUUGUUGGACUUCAAAUUUAUAAAGAAACUUCAAGACGCAUCUUUACGAUAAAUUGUCGCUCUCGUGUUUGCUCGUUAUAAAACCCGUGCACGGGUCGGAGUUGAAUCGGAGAAUGGCGACAGGACAGAUGAUAAAAUAUUGCAAGGAUAAAGAAAUGAAAGGAAGCAGAUACAUGAAGAGGGAGAAAUUAGCAUGAUGUUUCAAGACGAAGGUGAUACGAUUCUGUGGGAUAUCAUAGAGAAGAGGUUUCGACCUGGCUCCACGCAGACAUCUUAUUAUUGAUUAACCCAAGGAACGAUCCGCAAUAAUUGAUAGGAUUAAUUUACUGCAAGCAAUUAGACUUCGAAUGGCAAUGUAAUAGAACUUCCGUCUUAUGCGCAAAUUGGAAAGUGUAUUAUACCUGGACGAUUAGCCACACGCUAACCCUGAAUGUCUUAUGGCAAUGAGAAUAGUCUUUCUCCUGGAUGGGAUCGUGACUCCUCGGUCCUCCAGUCCGCCAUCGUAUAAAUAGAAGUGCAGAAGCGACUCCAAGAUGUGCAUUGCUCCAUAGCCGAUCCCACCUGAAUCCUCAUUCUCUCGGAAUCAUUUUUGAAUCGGCUUCUGGAAGAUCUUCGUCGUCGUCGUCGAAUAUACGGAUCGAAGGAAGAACAACGUAGAGUAGGAAUUAAUUCGAGGAUUAUCGUAUAUCAUAUCGUGUAUAAGUUUGCAAGCAAUCAUGUACGGUCUAAUACUGGAGAACAUGUCGGAGUACAUAAGACAAGUUUAUGGAGAAGAUCGUUGGGAAGAAAUAAGAAGACAGGCAGCAGUCGACCAGCCAAGUUUCAGCGUUCACCAAGUAUAUCCUGAGAACUUGAUACCAAGACUUGCCAAGAAAGCAAUUCAAGUUCUUGGAAUAACUGAGAGGGAAUUCUUUGAUCAGAUGGGCGUCCAUUUUGUUGGUUUCGUUAGCCAAUAUGGUUACGAUCGGGUACUAUCAGUGCUUGGACGACACGUACGUGAUUUUCUUAAUGGUCUGGAUAAUCUUCACGAGUACCUCAAGUUCUCUUAUCCACGAAUGCGGGCGCCAUCUUUUAUAUGUGAACAUGAAACACGUCAAGGUCUUACUCUUCACUACAGAAGUAAACGGCGAGGAUUUGUUUAUUAUACUAUGGGACAAAUUCGCGAAGUUGCCAGACACUUUUAUCACAAGGAAUUGCAAAUUGAACUUGUCAGGGAGGAAGUUCUCUUCGACACUGUACAUGUCACCUUUCAUUUGACUUUUGACAAUCGAGCUUUCACACUAGCCUCACUUGCCAUGACAAGAGAAGAGAAGCAUUUGCCCAUUGGAGCUUCCGUUUUGUUUGAGAUUUUUCCAUUUUGCAUCGUCUUUGGAUCAGAUAUGAUUGUCAGAAGCAUUGGAAAUUCACUUAUGGUAAUAUUACCAGAUUUACUGGGGAAAAAAAUUACUCAUUGGUUCGAUUUGGUCAGACCACUAAUAGCUUUUAAGUUUCAAACGAUACUGAAUAGGACUAACAAUAUUUUUGAACUGGUCACUGUUGACCCAGUUCUAUCUGACUAUCCGUCGAACAAUAAAAAAAUCGAUAGUACGGCAAACAAUGAAAGAGAUCCUCCCGAGGACAAGACACUUAGCUUAAAGGGACAAAUGAUUUAUAUGGAUAACUGGAGAAUGAUGAUGUAUCUUGGCACACCAGUAAUGCCAGACUUGAAUGCUUUGAUUGGUACAGGUCUCUACAUAAAUGAUCUGUCAAUGCAUGACUUUAGUCGAGAUCUCAUGUUGGCCGGUACCCAACAAUCCGUAGAACUGAAACUAGCUCUGGACCAGGAGCAGUUGAAGAGUAAAAAGCUGGAGGAAUCUAUGCGAAAGCUGGACGAAGAAAUGCAAAGAACAGAUGAAUUAUUAUAUCAGAUGAUCCCAAAACAGGUGGCUAAUCGAUUGCGCGACGGCGGGAAUCCAAUAGAUACUUGCGAAAUGUUUGACAACGUGUCAAUACUCUUUUCCGACGUGGUAAGUUUCACUGAAAUCUGCAGUCGUAUCACGCCUAUGGAAGUGGUCUCCAUGUUAAAUGCAAUGUACUCGAUAUUCGAUACACUAACUGAACGCAACCGUGUUUACAAGGUUGAAACCAUUGGCGAUGCCUAUAUGGUCGUUUCCGGUGCACCUGUGAAAGAAAAUGAUCAUGCGGACAGAGUGUGCGAUAUGGCCUUGGACAUGGUGGAAGCAAUAAUGGAUUUAAAAGAUCCAUCAACAGGUAUGCCAGGAAACCAUCUGCAGAUCAGAGUCGGAGUGCACAGUGGCGCCGUGGUGGCAGGAAUCGUAGGCUUGAAAAUGCCUCGUUAUUGCCUCUUCGGGGAUUCCGUAAACACAGCUUCCAGAAUGGAGGCGACUAGCGAAGCAAUGCAAAUUCACAUAUCACAAUCGACUAAGGAACUUUUAUCUCCGUCUUAUAAAGUCACUGAACGUGGUGAGAUACAAGUAAAAGGAAAAGGAACCAUGAAGACUUACUGGCUGGAGAAACGUGGUGAAAGAUCCCGGAUGACCAGAGGAAUAAGUAUUCACACACCGCCUCAAUGGUACAGUCGUGCUAGCGAAAAAAGAAUAUCUUUAACUAGUGGUGGCGGUUCAAUGCCACCAACACCGUGCGAACGAAAGCCACGUCCUGAGUCUCGCCGGGAAUCCAGGAUGUCUUCCCCGACGCAGUUAGGAUCAGGAAGUAACUUGCCGGAGGAGCGAAGAACUUAUUCGCCAAUCACGUUUCAAGAUGUCGCACGACGUUCCGUCGCAAAUUCUCCCACGAAGACUGCAAAUACUCAAGAAUUGAGAUCGAAUUCCGUAGGAGCAGUUUCUGCUCUUGUUCGCAACCCAGCUGAUGUCUUCGGAUCGUUACUAAGCGACACCGAGGAACAUUUUCGAUUACACAGAGACAGCAGGUCGGCUAGGCAUUCGGUUGGCGUACAUCAGAGACCGGAAGUCAAGGUGGAGACUACUACAAGCUCAUCCUCAGGGGAAAGUUCGCCCUUGAGUUGUGGGGAUUUAGUAUCAUCCAGGAUCACUGGGAUAGCAAGUAGUGAAUUUUGCGUAGGAGCCGAAGAGACGAGACUCAUGGUCCCCAGGGAACCGUGCUGUCCGGGUUUUGCCAUUCCUAAAGGGAACAAAUCUAAGAAUCAGAGCAAUGCUUGUAACAUCGUUUAGAGAUUUUACCAACGACGUGAAUAUAGAUUUUUAAAAUUCAAUGACCCUAUUAAUUAUUCAAAAAAGAUGGUCGCUACUAUAUUCAAACUCUCCCGAAUUGGGUAUCUGAUAUUUUUGAAAGGAGAAGAAAAAUGAGAGAAUCUCAAAAAAGAAAGAAAAACCUGCAUCUUCCACAAAUAAACAUUUACCUCGCGCGAUAAUGAACUUGAAUAACAAAAAAUGGUGAUGCGGAGGUGUGUAGUUAUUGUUUUUUCUGAAGCAGCUAGUCACACGACUCGAAUAAAAUACAAUUAAAAUGAUGGGCCA